UGUUGGAGGAAGUACGUGUGUGUCAUCACCUGCGACGGUUUUUUUUUUAUCCUGUUUUUGAAGGAAAUCUCGUGCAUUGUGGAAUGAAAAGUGAUUGUGUUUAUCAAUGGCAGUGAAUGUGUAUAUAGUGUUUGAUGGUUGAUUAGAUUCUUCUUGUUUUUAUUUGGGGAGCAACCGUGACAACCAUGGAAGUAGAGGAAAAUUUCGCUCAUGUAAAUUACAAGAUUACUAUUCCCAAGUUUUCCACACACAAAGACCUGAAUCACACGUUUACGGAAGUCUUCCCUCUUUCUGUAAAUAACCUCCGUUUUCUGUGGAGGCUCACGAUCGUCCCUUUUAUUAAAGAAAGCGGCGAGACUGCGAGGGAUGACUUAAUCAAUCACGAUAUUGGCAUAUCGCUUGAGUGUCAGAAAUCCAAUGUAAACCAUCCAAAUUUAGAGGUAUAUUGUAAUGUGAAAGGAAGGGAUCAACAUGAAAAAUUGUUACCUAGAAUGGAUUAUAACAGAAUGGUGUGGAAGGACGUGCUAAUAUCAAGGUUAGCCCUCAAGGUGUUCAACCUCCUCGAGGACGACAAACUAGUCAUAAAUUUAAGGUUCGUUGUGACCGGGCGUGACCUCUCGCGGGCGGUUGAUGGCGUGAGUGAGAUGUCCCGUGACCUCAGUCGCCUCCUGGAGAGUGGCGCUCAGAGCGACAUCGAUCUGGUCACCAGGGACGGCGUGCGGCUGCCCGUCCACUCCGCCAUCCUCGCCGUGCGGUCGAAUCUCCUGCAGAGGGCAGCCAAGAAGGGCAGGGUUUCUGCAGCGUCGACGCCCCGAACGCAGGUGGGGACUACACCAGUCAAGCGCGAGGACACGCCCAUCAACAGCACCUUCGGGAGCAUGUCUUCAGGGUACCAUUCCGCCGCCUCCUCCCCCGACACCUGCUCCUCCAGCGCCUCCUACGGCCACCCUCCGAGCGCCCUCGUGACCACCCCGAUGAAGGCCCUCGCGCUCCACAGCCCCGCCCCCGCUUCCCCCCGAAGCUCCCCGAGCUCUAGCAAAGUGAGUCGGCGACCGCCCACGCCCAAAAGAGUCGCACUAAGCCAGCGCCCGCCCACGCCCAGAAGAAAUCUCAGCAGCCACCACCUCACGCCAGCAAGAAGUCCCAGCAAGCGCCCUCUCACUCCCGCCGUCGAGUCUCCCAGCAAACGGAGCAACGUCGGCGGCUCCUCUGGCACGUUCUCGGAGGAAAACAAGGAAAAUAAGAGUCUCAAGAUCUUCCACUACCGCCCCAGGCCGUCGCCCUCCGCGUGCCCCAGCGACUCCCCCGGGCGAGCGCGGGAGGCGGGCGAGGCGGGGGGUAAGGGCCCGGAGAGACUACAGGUGGAAGUGAGCAUGACUGCCUCUGUGGCCACGGAGCUGCUGCAUUGGAUUUACACGGGCGAGAGCGACGACCUAGGGGCCCUGGCGCGGCCGCUCCUGGUGGCGGGCAUCCGGCACGGAAUGAGCGGGCUGACGCGGGCGUGCGAGGAUCACCUGGCGGCCGCCCUCACGCCCGCCUCCGCCCCCGACGUCCUCUAUCUGGCGCACAAGUACGGGGCGACGUCGCUGCGGGAGGACGCGCUCGAGUACGCUGUUCAGAAGGCGGCCGAGGUGACGGCGCAGGCAUCAUGGACAGCCCUUGGAGAGCGCGCGCCUACGCUUAUCAUGGAGUUCAGCCGCCGCCUCGCCAUGCACGACCACGCCCUGGCUGCCAACACAUGAGCAUGGAUCACGGAUCUUACAUACAUACAUACAUACAUAUAGAUUGAUUGAUUGAUUGAUAUGUGUAUGUGUGUAUAUAUAUAUUUAUAUUUAUAUUUAUUUGAUAUAUAUGUUAUGUAUAUCUAUAUAUAGAUAUAGAUAUGUGUAUAGUCAUUCAUGUAUUUGUAUCUUUUACAUAUACACAGAGAGGAGUGGAGAUAUUAUUUGAAUGUGAGUCUAUAUUUCUGCAAAUAAAGUGCAACGAUAAAAAUUCAUAUUUCAUGAUUAACGGUUCUUUAAAGUCUUAUGAACUAUAACCCACACGCUUAUAUUAGAACGCACACGCACUCACUCAAUACUGUAUAGUGAUGGCUUAGCUAUAUCCUUGCUUUAACUUUACGGAUUCUAUUAUUGUGCACCCUUUCACUGAUUUCUGUGGACCUGUAUUAUUUGCAUUUAUGCAUAUAUAUUGUACUAUCUCUCAAAUAUAUUGUAACAUUAA